UUUUUUUUUUUUUUUAACAAUACCGAGUUGGAAGUGUUAGGUGGUGUGAAGAUACUGCAUGAUCCACUUGAAUCACCUCAAACUCAAAAACUCAACAACCAUUCUGCAACUUUUCAUUCAAUUUCCAGAUUUCAAAGAGGAGAGAAAGAGAUGGUGAAGAGUGUGAGCGAAUUGCAAGUAGAAGACUUGGUGAACGCAGGGUUAACACUAGCAGAAGCCAAUGAACUGUACCGUGUUUUGAGGGAUAUUCUGUCUCAAUGUCCCUCCGACACCGACAACCACCGCUCACUCAUAUGGCGCCACCUUGUCUCUCGAAAACUGCUCAAACCAUCAUUUCCACACUCCUUGCAUCAUCUUCUCUACCAUUCUGUUUAUCACUCUCAACACGCUUCCCUUCCUCUCUAUUGGUUCCCUUCUCUGGACACCUCCAAAUGCACCAACCUUGGCCGUUUCAUGGAAACUCAUGCCCCUCAACUUUUAGGACCUUCCUACAAAGACCCUAUUUCCAGUUAUCGCCUCUUUCACAACUUUUCCGUUCAACACCCUCAGCUCUACUGGUCCCUUCUUCUGAAGGAACUUUCUGUCUCCUUUGUUGAACCUCCCAAGUCUAUUUUAGAUACUUCUGACCCUUCCAGACAUGGAGGCACGUGGCUUCCCGCUUCUGUCCUCAACAUUGCUGAUUGCUGUCUGCAACCCAGUUCACAUCCCUACAAACCAGAUGACAGUAUAGCCAUCGUUUGGAGAGAUGAAGGUUUUGAUGAUUCCGAGGUUAACCGUAUCACGCUUAAACAACUCCGACAACAAGUAAUGUUGGUAGCGAAUGCAAUAGAUGCCUCAUUCUCGAAAGGAGAUGCAAUCGCCAUUGACAUGCAAAUGACAGUGAAUGCAGUGAUUAUAUAUCUGGCCAUUGUUCUAGCAGGAUGUGUUGUGGUAUCAAUUGCUGAUAGUUUUGCACCAAAAGAAAUUGCAACUCGCCUGCGUGUUUCUAAAGCUAAGGGUAUUUUCACUCAGGAUUUCAUAUCAAGAGGGGGCAGGAAAUUCCCUUUGUACAGUCGAGUCAUUGAGGCAGCUUCAUGUAAAGUUAUCGUGCUUCCUGUGAUAGGUGAUGAUCUAGGUGUGCAAUUAAGAGAAUGCGAUGUAUCAUGGAAGGAUUUUCUUUCUUCUAGCAGACAGCAUCCUAGGUCACAUCAUUACUCUCCAUUCAAUCAAUCAAUUGAUGCUGUCACUAACAUACUUUUUUCAUCUGGAACCACGGGGGAUCCAAAAGCAAUUCCUUGGACUCAACUUUCACCCAUAAGAAGUGCUGCAGAUGGAUGGGCUUUUGUUGAUAUUCAACCUGGAGAUGUCUAUUGCUGGCCUACAAAUUUGGGAUGGGUGAUGGGCCCAACUCUUAUAUAUUCAUGCUUUCUAUCAGGUGCAACUCUUGCUCUGUACCAUGGAUCUCCUCUAGGACAUGGUUUUGGAAAGUUCGUUCAGGAUGCAGGUGUUACUAUUUUGGGAACGGUUCCGAGCUUAGUAAAGACAUGGAAGAAUACACAAUGCAUGGAGGGCUUGGAUUGGACAAAGAUAAAAACAUUUUGUUCCACUGGAGAAACUUCAAAUGUUGAUGAUGACCUCUGGCUUUCUUCGAGGUCUUAUUACAAACCAAUCAUUGAAUGUUGUGGAGGCACUGAGCUUGCAUCUUCUUACAUCAUGGGAAGUCUACUGCAGCCCCAAGCUUUUGGAACAUUUAGCACAGCAUCAAUGACAACUGGUUUGGUCAUCCUUGACGAAAAUGGAGUUCCUUAUCCAGAGGACGUUGCCUGUGUUGGUGAAGUGGGCUUGUUUCCUAUAUAUAUGGGAGCAACAGAUAGAUUGCUUAAUGCUGAUAAUGAUGAGGUUUACUUCAAGGGAAUGCCAAUGUACAAAGGAAAGGUUCUUAGAAGACAUGGAGAUAUAAUCAAAAGAACUGCUGAAGGCUAUUUAGUUGUACAAGGGAGGGCUGAUGACACAAUGAAUCUUGGUGGAAUAAAGACAAGUUCUAUAGAAAUUGAGCGUGUCUGUGAUGGGGCUGAUGAAUGCAUUUUGGAGACAGCUGCAAUCAGUGUUGCACCUGCACAUGGAGGCCCAGAACAACUGAUUAUAUUUGUAGUUUUAAAGAAAGGAUACAAUUCAGAUGCAGAAACUCUAAAAAGGAAAUUCGCUAAAGCUAUUCAAAGCAACCUUAAUCCCUUGUUUAAGGUGAGCCUUGUUAAAAUCGUUCCGGACUUUCCUCGAACAGCUUCCAACAAAUUACUAAGGAGAGUUUUGAGAGAUCAAGUGAAACGCGAGCUUUCAAUUCAGAGCAGACUUUAGUGACAUUAUUAAUUGGCAAAAGAACAAGACAUACAUCAAGAUUCAGUUCAUUCUCUUCACCUACCGUCUUUGGCGUGUAAACAAGAUUCAGUUCCUUUUUCUCUGUCGUUCGUGUUCCUCUGCCACAAUUCCUUGUAACAUUCAUUUUCUUCUUGCCGCAAUAAAACCACUGAUAAAUCUUUUCUAAAUUUU